AUGGCCUUUCAUGUUUCCGCAAGUAAACAUCCCUCCCUCAUGUCCUUCCCUCCUCUCUUUAUACAUCGAGUUUCGAUACGUCUCUAUGUUGACAUCCCUCAUGCCCUCCCCUUCUCUUUUGCCUUCAUCGGCCCUUCGGUCUCGUCACCCUUCCUCUCCACUGCCUACUUUGCCCAACUCUCACCUCAAUCCACCCCUCUCAUCAUCAGAUCCAAUGGCUUCCAUUUUUCCGUGGAUGAGAGUGCUCCAUCCGGCCGUCGGUUCCGCCUCUCUGCCGUCCCAUUCUCGAAGAACAUCGUAUUCGGUGCUUCUGACGUGUGCGAGCUCAUAUCAAUGCUGGCAGACGCACCCCUCCCCGACCCAGAAACACCUGCUGGCCCUGCCCCUGCCACUGACGCUCGCCUGUUCCGCGCGCAACAUCGCAUGCGCCUGCAAGACGACAACCGCCGCCACCUGCGCCUGCAAAACGACAGCCGCCGCCACCUGCGCCUGCAGCAACGGCGCCGCGUGCAGGUGCGGCCCGGGCUGCGCGUGCGAUUCGUGCACGUGCCGCUCCGCCGGCAGCGCCGGAGGAACCGGCGCAGGAUGCGGCGGAAGUAA